AUGCCCCAGCCCGGAGCCUCAGCCUCAGCGACAGCCCCGACAGCGCGGCCCCGGCGGCCCCGGCGGGGACCCGCGCCUCCGCCCCGACCGCAGCUGCUGCUGCUGCUGCUGCUGCUCCUGGUGAUCUGGUGGCCGCCGUCGGGCGACGCGGUGUCCCUGGCCGAGCCGCGCCGACCCGGCCUCCCGGGGCCAUCGGACACCCACCCCGAGGCCGAGCCCGAUCCCUGGUCCCGGGAGUUGAGGAUGCGCUACGAGGACCUGCGGGCCAGGCUCCGGGGACAGCAGAGCUCGCGCGACGCCGCGCCCGGCCCCGCCCCCGCCGUGCGAAUCCUCAGCCCAGAAGUGCGACUCGGCUCCGACGGCCACGUGCACCUGCGCCUCUCCCGGGCCUCGCUGACAGAGGGUCUCCCGGAGGCCUACCGCGUGCACCGGGCCCUGCUCCGGCUGUCCCCGACACAGACGAAGUCGUGGGACGUGACGCGGCCGCUGAAGCAUCAGCUCAGCCUCAGAGGAUCCCGGGCACCCUCGCUACAUUUGGGACUGUCGCCGCCUGCGGACCUGCCACUGGCACUGUCGCCCUCCGCCGGGCCUCAGCUGGAACUGCAUUUGCGGGCACGAGCCGCCAGGGGGCCCCGCAGCGCGCGUGCUCGCGACUCGGACGGUUGCCCGCUCGGGCCCGGGCGUUGCUGUCGCCUGCAGACAGUCCGAGCGACGCUGGAGGACUUGGGCUGGACUGAUUGGGUGCUGUCGCCGCGCGAGCUGCAGGUGAGCGUGUGCGUCGGCGAGUGCCCCAGCCACUACCAGGCGGCCAACACGCAUGCGCAGAUCAAAGCGCGUCUGCACGGCCUGAGGCCGGACGCGGUGCCCGCCCCGUGCUGUGUGCCCUCCAGCUACGACCUCGUCGUCCUCCUGCACAAGACCGACCGCGGCGUCUCGCUCAGGACCUACGACGACCUCCAGGCCAAAGCCUGCCACUGCGCAUGAGCAGCCCCGGCCCCACUCAGUCCGGCGCCUGCGCAAUGGAAGUGGCCUCAGUGGUCCCGCCUGUGGAGGGGGCCCGCAGGUCCUGACCGUCAGCUCACUCCCGCUGCCUCCCUCCGCCCUCCCGCCUAUUUAUGACGUAUUUAUUAUUAACUUAUUGGGGUCUCGGCCUGGGAGACGCCCGGUGGAAGGUGUAUUUAUUAA